CACCCCCUGUACAAGAUCUCUCUCUGUACUACUGAAAUGUCCAAGUGCCAUAACCUUAUCAACAGUUUAUCAUUUUGAUAAAAAAAUAUUGUAAUAGUACGUAUUAAUUUCAUAUAUUGGUAUUGUAACACAAAUAAUUACGUUCUAGAUUUUUUUUUCGGAACAGCUGUAUUGCUAGAAUGGAAGUGUCUUUGCGAGGUGUAAGAUUAUUCAACCGGCUUCUCAGAAGACCUGUCUGUAUUGCUACAUAUAAAAGUACAAAUAUAGUGGCAAAAGAGAAUGUCAACAGCGAAUUGGUCAACAAACUCAACCAAGAUAUAAAAUCUGGUGGUGUAGUACCAGUGUUCCGGCGAGCCCUAUUAUUUCCUACACGAGUGGCAUUGCAAGAUGAGUUUGGUAUUUACACUUAUGCUGGCCUGUACCAAGCCGCCAACUUGCUUAGCAACGAGAUUUCCACUCUACUUAUUGGUGAGACAGAGAAGACCAUUACCUACCUGUGCAGUAACGAUGCGUCACAUGUCAUAGUGCAAUGGGCUAUCUGGAUGUCUGGGAAUAUAGCCGUACCACUCACCUCAAUCCACCCGGCAGAAAUGCUCAAAUACUUCAUAACAGACAGCAAUUCAGUCCUCACCAUAUGCACUCAGGACUUUGAGAAACUCCUCCGGCCAAUCACAACAGAGCUGAAAUGCUCCCUCAUGGUAACAGGCAGGGAUAAGGAGAUCCCAGCUCAGCUGUACCAACCUAACAGUUCGUUUUUGAAGCCUAAACCUGAGGAGUGUUUGAGCGAUGUUGGCAGAUCGAAUGCUUGGUACGGUGACACUGAGGCGCUUAUUAUUUAUACCAGUGGCACAACAAGCAAACCGAAGGGGGUAGUGUGGACGCACAGCAUGCUGCAAACUCAGAUAGCGGCGCUGCACUCCGCGUGGCAGUACGUGAGCAGCGACGUCGUGCUGCACGCGCUGCCGCUGCAUCAUAUUCACGGCCAACUCAACUCUAUGAACGCCUCGCUGGCCGCCGGCGCUAGGAUUCGUAUGCUACCUUCCUUCGUCUCCCACAAAGUAUGGUCGUGCCUCCUGGGUAUGGGCGAGAGGGAAGACAGUAAAGUGACCGUUUUCCAUGGAGUCCCCGCAAUGUACGCGCGCCUAGCCGCCGACCACGAGAAGAUGUUUGCUGCGCCGAAACAGAGCGAAUACGUCAGAACUACACUCAGCAGGAUGCGGCUCACGUGUGCUGGCUCCGCUCCGCUGCCUCAUUCGCUGUUCAAUAAGUGGGAGAAGAUAUCAGGCAUGCGUCUGUUGGAACGCUAUGGGAUGUCAGAGUGUGGUAUGGCGCUCAGCAACCCCUACCAGCCGGCGGGCGCGCGCAGCGUGGGCUGCGUGGGGCUGCCGCUGCCCGGGGUCCAGGCCCGCGUCGCCGCAAGGGCGGAGGGCAGUGACGAGCUGGACCCUGUCGUCACUGUGGAGAGCGCGCAGCCUGACACCCUGAUAUCGCUAGAAAAACUUGGUCUGGUAGCCAAGGAGCUGGGCGUGGAGCCGGACGCGUACGAGUGGCCGCAGCCCAAGGUCACAGUACACAAGGAGAGUCAAGAUGGCGUCUACCAGGGCGAACUGUUGUUGAAGGGACCCAACGUCUUCACCAGGUAUUUGAACCGUCCUCCGGCGCAAUUGUCGGCUGAGUUCACCCGGGACGGCUGGUUCCGUACGGGGGACACGGUGUCGUUCGCCGACAACAAGUUCCGGAUACUCGGCCGGACCUCCGUGGAUAUUAUCAAGACUGGGGGGUACAAAGUCAGCGCGUUACAGGUUGAAUCGGCACUUCUAGAACAUCCGAACGUCGCCGACGUGGCCGUACUGGGCGUUGAGGACGAGAACUACGGAGAAAUAGUCACAGCAGUCGUAGCCCUCAAAGAAAAGACCAAACUAACCUUAAAGGAAUUAAAAGAGGAGGCUGGAAAGAGACUGGCGCCGUACCAACUGCCGAAGACUAUGGUCAUUGUGGAGCAAAUGCCUAGGAAUGCUAUGGGGAAAUUGGACAAGAAGGAGAUAAGGAAGCUCUAUGGUAAAGAUUUGAGCUUGAAGGGGAAAAAGUGAGGUAGGUUUCUUGUUGAAUUCUUAGACUAAGAAAACCAUAGACAGUGUCGCUGCGGGAGCGACGCGAGAGGUGCGGGGUGUGGCGCGGAGCACUGGUGACAGUCGCCCGCUACGUCGGCACUCGGCUAAACCCUUUCCGAGGCAUUUAGUGCGUAAUUUCUUCUAAUAUAUCGACAGUUCGCAUUUCUUAUACAGUCCCCUUUUCAACACUGAAGUUGUGGAAUACAAGUUUAUUUGUUAGACAAAUUAAAAAAUCCCCCGACUAUUAUAUCGUAUACCCCGAUAUUUGUUUCGCUACAACUUUUGAACGGCUGAACCGAUUUUCAUGAAAUUAUCUAUAACACACAAAAAAUCUAAACGAAAAUCGGUACGUCUGUUUGGUAGCUACGAUGCCACAGACAGACACAUUAAACUUAUACCACCACUCUUUUUGCGUCGCGGGUUAAAAAGAAUACUGUAUAAGAAAGGAAAUAGGGGAAGCCCAUCAGACAACAGUCACAUGUUGGCAACAGUGAGAAGUAUUUCUAAGAAGCGUUUCUCUUGUAUGGGAGGAAUGGAAGCUAUGGCGAUGUCUAUCGUUUUCUCUGUCUACUAUUGAAUUAUAUUUUUUUAAAUGAAUUUCUACAUGUUUCGGUUAUAACUAAUGCUCGUGGAUUUUUUUAAUGAGAAAUAAUGUUGUUUUGUUGAAUUGGUUACAAUGUUUUUUUAUGAUUAUUAAUUAAGUCUGGAUUGAUAAAUUUAGAUAAAAUCUAAAUUUUUCGUUGGUUAUCUUUACGACUGGAAUAUAAAUCAAAGCGUACGGGAAGACACAUUUUAUUAUUAUUGUUGGCUUUUCGUUGAGUGGCAACUGUAGUGGCCAGUCCCUUUGAAAAAAGGUCUAAACCGGAAUAUUACAUGGUACAUAAAAUUGAAUUAAAAAUGUGUACAUAUUUAGUUUCUACAGCUUUAAUAACUUCACAAAAACAGUUAUAUUUGUCACAAAUCUUUAUAAUUUCACAAAUUAGAUAAGUUUUAUAGAACAAAUAAUUUAAAUAUUUAAAGGAAUAUUUUAGUAUUUUUUACUAGCAGCACAAUAUGCUAUAGUUAUAUACUUUAGGAUUCAAAUGAUAAGUUUCCAUUUAUAUCGUGCGCAUUUACAUAAAAUGCAUAUAUUUACCAAAUAUUGCUAUUAGAAUAGAAGUCGCGUAUAACUAAAGGUCCGCAGCGCCUAUUUUCUAACAAAACAUGUUGUUAAAAACGUUAUAAAAACAAUUUAGGAAAACCGGCCGUCCGCUGCGCCUAUUGUUGUUAUGUUUGUGUACUCCAUAUUGCGCUGUGCCCUACGUCUUUCUUUUAGUGAGCGCUAACACAAAAUGAGUCACUUCCCCUCCCCGCAGGCGAACGCGGGGGAUGUUAUCCAUUCGGUUCGGAAAACUUGUUUUUGUUAUUUUUCUAACAUAACUGUUAGGUCACGCCUCUAAUCGGUUAGUAAACAAUGUUUUUGUGUUAGCUAACACGAAAAUACUGCGCUGCGGACCCGGCUUUACAUGUGGCUUUCAAAAACUCGUGACUGAAUAACCUGCAUAAUAAUGUGAUGUUUUAAAAUAAGCUUAAAAUUGUUUGUUUGUUUAUAACUUUGUUGUACGAUAAUAAGAUCAUAAAUUAAAAUUAAUUCCAUAGAUAAUUAAUACAAGAAAGAUUGCUUUUCAAUUUAUACAAUUUCAAGAUAGUAACACUUGAAAUAUACCCAUAUUAUAUAUAACAGUAAAUGACAAAAACUAAACUAAGUUUUUGAUAGUAUAGUAAAAAUGUCGGCUAAAAUUGAACAAAGCAGCGGGUAACAGCUAGUGAUGUGUUUUCAUUGGAAGUUAAGUUAUGUGCAAUAUUAUAGUCAUUGAUGUUAGUCGUUGUUGAAUUUGUGUUGUGUAAACGAUAAUAAUUAUACGCUUUUAUUUGUGACUGAAUUUAUUGUUGAAUAAAAGACAUUGUUAUAAA